UUUGCUUCCCCUGACUAGUUCACCGUAAACGAUUAAUUGAAAACCGGCGCUUUCAUUCAAAAGAGGGGUUUUCACAAAACAAAACGCAAAUUUACAUUUAAUGCGUUACCAUUAGUAUCUUUAUAUAUGUGGUAAGCAUAAACGCGAGUGAUCAUAAUAUUUGUAAUUAUCGAAUUAUUUUCGUCAAUUUUGGAGACAGAAAUGCGAUUAACGAAUGGUUUAUGCGCAACUUACAUAGCAUUACUGAUAGGCAUUCUGCAGCCGCAAUGGGUGAAGGCGAAUGCUCUAACAGCUUUGGUGAAAUUCUUCGUCGAAAGUACAAACCAAAUGCUCAAUGAACCGCCAGACGUGCAACAGGUGUUGAAAGAAUACGAUUUUAUCGUAGUCGGCGCUGGUACGGCUGGAUGCGUGAUCGCAAACAGGCUAACAGAAGUUUCUCAAUGGAAGGUACUGCUAAUUGAAGCUGGUGGUCCCGAGACAUUGUUAAUGGAUGUGCCACAAUACACGACGCUCAAUCAAUUGACGGAAGGAACGAAUUGGAAUUAUUAUACAGAGCCGGAGGACCGCAGUUGUCUCAGCUUGGUUAACAAACGAUGCAGAUUUCCGAGAGGUAAAGUAAUGGGAGGAUGCAGUGUACUAAACAGUAUGAUACAAACGCGAUGUAAUAAACGAGACUACGACUUAUGGGAAAGCCAAGGAAACCCAGGAUGGAGUUACGAAAAAGUAUUACCAUACUUUAAAAAAUCCGAAGACAUGACGAUUCCAGAAUACGCUAAAGACAGAAAACAUCACGCCACCGGAGGACCUCUUACCAUAUCAACCAACGCCUACAGGACCCCAUUGGCUCGAGCAUUUCUCGAGGCAGGAGCUGAAAUUGGAUACAAAGUACACGAUCACGAUGGUGACGAACAGAUUGGUUUUUCUUACAUUCAAACGACCGUACGAAACGGCAGCAGGCUGAGCGCAUCAAAAGCUUUCCUACAUCCGAUACGAAAUCGACGAAAUUUACACGUAAAAAAAUAUGCUCAGGUCACUAAAGUGAUCAUAGAUCCAACUACCAAACAAGCUCGGGCUAUCGAAUUCGUACGUAACAACAAACGCUACGUGGUUCGAGCUCGAAAAGAAAUCAUACUAUCGGCCGGAGCUACAAAUACGCCUCAGAUCUUAAUGCUUUCCGGAAUAGGUCCCAAAGAACAUCUGCGCGAAUUCGACAUACCUCUGAUACAAAAUUUAAGAGUAGGGUUUAAUUUACAAGAUCAUCAAGCCGUCGGCGGUGUCAUAUUCACCGUGAACCAGAGCGUAGCUCUUAAAUUCAAUCGUGUUCUAAAUCUUCAAAAUGUGAUAAAUUUCGCGGAUUACCACAGCGGACCUUUGGCCAUACCAAACGUAGAAGCGAUAGCUUUCCUCGAAACGCGCCUACAUCCCGAAGAGAAAGAUUACCCCGAUAUGGAACUUCUUUUCGUGGGUGGCUCUUACGUAAGCAAUCCAUUCAACAAGAUGGCAUUUGGUUUAUCCGAAGAACUCUGGCAAGCUGUCUACGAACCUUUGCAGGAUAAAGAUAUGUGGACAGUGUUUCCGAUGAUAAUGCGACCCAAAAGUCGCGGUAGAAUUAAACUCCGCUCAGCUGAUCCUUUUGACAAGCCAGUAAUUCAUCCGAACUACUUCAGCGCAGAAGAAGAUUUAGAUACUAUGGUACGAGGAAUUAAAGCGGCCGUAGCUCUGAGUAAAACCAAAGCGAUGCAGAAGUUUGCUUCAGAAUUCCACAAAAUACCAAUACCAGGAUGCAGACAUCACGUAUUCAUGAGCGACGAUUACUGGAGAUGUCAAGCGAUGCACGUUACAAAUACUAUUUAUCAUUUAUCGGGUACUUGUAAAAUGGGCCCGAAAUCCGAUCCAGAAGCGGUGGUCGACGCAACAUUGAAGGUAUAUGGUAUCAAAGGGUUGAGGGUAGCAGAUGCUUCCAUCAUGCCCACCAUUCCUACCGGCCAUAUUAACGCUCCUACCGGCAUGAUCGGCGAAAAAGUUUCCGAUAUGAUCAAACAACAAUGGUUAUCCUGAACCAUAUAGUCAAAUUUGUGAUUAAUAAUGUAUAUAAUGUGUAGUAAUUUAAUCUACGAGUAUUUUGCUUUUUUAUGUCAUGUUGGCGAAAAAUUAAGUUUUUUCGGUUGUUUU